GGUCCUAAAACUGACAGGCGGCAACAUUGCUCUCCACCACGAUCUGCCCACAUUUCUACUCCUUUUAUCCUCUAGUUCGUGAAUCUUUCUUCUCUUCUGUCUUUCCACAGGAGCCAGCAGCUUUAUCUAUCUGAUUCAAACCGGCUUUUUCUAGUUUUGGGUCGCAGUCAGCUCGCUUGUUGUUGUUGAGGUCAGUGAGUCCCACAGCUGAAACUUGCCCUCCUCCUCCUCUCCUGGUCCAGAUGCUUUCUCCAGGAAGGACCGUCUCCUCUCGGCUCUUCAAGCCGGUGCAGUGGUUCCAUCUCCGGCUUGGUGCCGACGGGAGAGCCGCUAGCACCCUGCAGAAAGCAGAACUGAUACAGAAACAUGAACUGGAGAGGGAUGAGCCACGUCCCCUCUACAUGGACUUCCAGGCCACCACACCCAUGGACCCCAGAGUGCUGGACGCCAUGUUGCCCUACCAGGUGAACUACUAUGGUAACCCUCACUCCAGGACACACGCCUAUGGCUGGGAGAGCGAGAGCGCCAUGGAGACCGCCAGGAAGCAGGUGGCUGACCUGAUUGGAGCAGAUCCCAGAGAGAUCAUCUUCACCAGCGGAGCCACCGAGUCCAACAACAUGGCUAUCAAGGGUGUGAGCAGGUUCUACCAGACCAAGAAACGUCAUGUGAUCACCACGCAGACCGAACAUAAGUGUGUUCUGGACUCGUGUCGAGUUCUGGAGUCCGAAGGAUUCAAAGUCACGUACCUGCCUGUGCAGACGAACGGACUGGUGGACCUGGAGCUGUUCGAGGCCUCCAUCCAGCCGGACACAUCUCUGGUGUCGGUGAUGACCAUCAACAACGAAAUCGGAGUCAAGCAGCCCAUCGAAGAAAUGGGUAAGAUUUGUCGCUCUAAGGGAGUUUUCCUCCACACUGACGCCGCUCAGGCUGUCGGAAAGAUUCCCAUCAAUGUCACUGACUGGAAGGUCGACCUGAUGUCCAUCAGCGGUCACAAGAUCUACGGACCCAAAGGUGUGGGUGCUCUGUAUGUGCGUCGUCGACCCCGAGUGCGUUUGGAGCCACUGCAGAACGGUGGCGGGCAGGAGAGAGGGCUGCGCUCCGGCACUGUCCCCACCCCACUGGCUGUGGGGCUGGGAGCCGCCUGCGACAUCGCCAAGAAGGAAAUGGAGUAUGAUCAUCACAGAGUGUCCAUGCUGGCUAAUCGUCUGAUCGGGAAGAUCAUGUCUGAGAUUCCUGAUGUCAUCUUGAACGGAGAUGCAGAGCAACGCUACCCUGGCUGUGUCAACCUGUCCUUUGCCUACGUGGAGGGAGAGAGUCUGUUGAUGGCGCUGAAGGAUGUUGCUCUGUCAUCGGGGAGUGCAUGUACGUCAGCAUCUCUGGAGCCGUCGUACGUCCUCAGAGCGAUCGGAGCAGAUGAAGACCUGGCUCACUCCUCCAUCAGGUUUGGCAUUGGCAGAUUCACCACAGAGGCUGAAGUGGACUACACAGCAGCGAAAUGUGUCCACCAGGUCCGCAGACUCAGAGAGAUGAGUCCUCUGUGGGAGAUGGUUCAGGACGGCAUUGACCUGAAGAGCAUCAAGUGGACACAGCACUAAAUCCCUCCCACUUCCUGUACCCUUCCUGGCUUACGGCAACGACGACGACAACGAUGAUAGUUCCCGAGGAUUUCCUGGAACAGACCAGCUUUUUCCUUCCUGUACACAAUCACGCACAAACUUCCUGUCGGACUUGAAGUCUGUCUGUAGCUGUAGCUUGUAGCUCUGUGUCUCUGUUGAAGCUCCUCCAGUCGCUCUGUCAGGAGAUGUUGAUCAGAGAGUCGACCAAAAAAAAAAAAAAGAAAAAGAAAAAGAAAUACACGCCGACCUCUAUUUGUUGUAUUAAUUCCUGUUUUAAAUCGGUCUGCUUGUUGCUUCCUGUGUCGACCGGGUCUCGUAUCACAAAGUUAUCUGAGUCUGGCUCUCUCUCUCUCUCUCUCUGGCUUCACUGAGUCUAAUGUGAGUGAUCCUGAUGAAUGGUAUCAUGGAGUUAUGAGAGUGGUUUACUGAUCUACUCGGAGUGAAUUCACGUGAAAGAGGAGUCCUUAAACGCAGCCAGUAAUGUGUAACACUGGCGUACUUGAUAUUACGUGAGAUGAAACGAUGAUACCUGUUGAGAUAUUAUAUCAUAGAAGCAGCAAAUAGAGUUAUUGAGUGAGGUGAGCGAUAUUACAAAUACAAUGCAGUAAGAAAGAUUUCCAAAUAUAGGAAGUAAGGCUAAGACUUACUUUAUUAUUACAUUGACCUCUCAUGUUCAGUAGAGCGACUUAUAUGCUUUUUUUGUCUUAUGAUGAACAAAUUAUUUAAGUGAUAUAUUUUAAGUGAGGCUGUUACUGCUGUUGAAGCAUAGAGGAAAAACUACAGAACUGAGGCCUGAAGAGAAGAUAUUAAUGCAUCAUCUUAUCAUUCUUUCAUGUUUCUGACAAAAAGAUUAAUGGAAAGUAAAGUGACUCAGCUGAUUUAUAAAAAAAAAAUGUCUGUUGCUGUUUAUUGUCUCUUUGUAAAUUUACUUUUGUCCUUGUUGACUCCGUUUUUCCCAGUGAGCCAGUACUGAGUGGGGGUUUUUUUUUGGCCGAUUUAAAAUUUUUGAUCCCAGAAAAUGUGUUAAGACCAAAAUGAUUGCCGGCUAAACUUGUAAUCUUCCUUUUGUGAUGCAAGCCCUCGUCAACAUGUUAAGCAACCAAAUAUGGGUAAAGACCCCCAGUAAGUGACAAAAAGGAACAGGGGGCAGCACUGCUUCGGCCAGGCUGGAGAAGGCAGCAGACUUAAACCUUACAUACUGUUCAUAAUCUGACUCCAAAUUAGUCUCUACACUAAUUCACCUUCAGAAAUAAAUGUUUGAUUAGUCUUAUGGGGGGAAAAAAGACAUGAACAUUCAUUAUUUCAUAGAAUAUCAUGAAUACAUGUUUGAAUGCCAAUUUUUGAUUUUUUUUAUAAACAG